UUAUACUUUAUAUGCAUAAUAAAUAUUCCAUCUAUUUGUGAAGAAAAAACUUUAUAUACGGUAGUGGUAAUAAAAAUAGCUGGAGAAAUUAAAUACAUCAUCCAGGCCUUAUGUCACGUUGGUUGUAAGCUGUGUAAUAACUUCAAUGUUGGUCCAUCGCACCGUGCACAGACUAUAAUAUUUUUCAUUUUAACUGUUUGAAAAAGUUGCAAACGAUAGUAAAUUAAUACUUUUCCUGGAGAAUUUUAGUUAUACUAUAAUAUAACAGUCUGCUAAUAAUUACAGUAUAUUUAAUUCCAUUUUGUUCACAAAUACUAUAUUGUUUUCUGUUUUUCAUAACCAGGAAAGAGAGGAUUAUUUGUAUAACUACUUCUUGCCCAUUUUAAUUUGCUUUGAACAAAUGAGUCCAACAUUUCUCUUUUCAUCUUCUCUCUCCUCGUGAAUUCCAAUACCAUUCUAUUAGAAAAUUGGAUAUAAGUGUGGUAUUCUCUAAAUAAAAAAUUCAUUAUCAAGUCAUCUAAUGAUUUCCAUCUACACUACAUAUAAUUUAUGAAUCAGUUUCAAGAAAAUAUAUUUUAGCUUGCUGGAUAUUUUUUAUGGCAAAAAGAUUGGGAGGUUCGAAUAAUUUGUAUUAUGUGAAAUUCAUUGUUUUGGGUUGGUUAUUAAAUAACGUAUUAAUAUGAUUGUGAUGUUUUCGAAAGGCUCUUCUUUCUUGCUUUCAAUUAGUGGGUCCUUUGAUUCCUACCAGCAUCUCCAAAAUCGUCGUUUUUCUUUGAGGCUAUAAACCUUUUGUAAGAUCUUCAAAAAGAAAGGCAGAAAACUCCAAAAAUAUUAACUUGUUGACGUGGAAAAAGUAUUGCCAUAUUUUUUUCACAAUCUUGGGUUUGGUUUCAAUUUCAAGUGUAAGAAAAAGAUGUUCGAGCCAAAUAUGUUUCUUGCAGCUAUGAACAACGAAGAUAGCAACAACCACAACUACAACCACGAAGACAACAAUAAUAACAAUGAAAGAUUUCUUCGCGACGAGGAAUUCGACAGUGCGAAUACUAAAUCGGGAAGUGAGAAUCAAGAAGGAGGAUCGGGAAAUGAUCAAGAUAAUCAUCAUCCUAAUAAGAAGAAACGAUAUCAUAGACACACCCAACUUCAGAUCCAGGAGAUGGAAGCAUUCUUCAAAGAGUGUCCUCACCCGGAUGACAAGCAAAGGAAACAACUUAGCCGUGAACUGGGUUUGGAACCUCUUCAGGUCAAAUUCUGGUUCCAGAACAAACGCACCCAAAUGAAGAAUCAUCACGAGCGGCACGAGAACUCGCAUCUUCGGGCGGAAAACGAAAAGCUUAGAGGAGACAACAUUAGAUAUCGAGAGGCUCUUGCAAAUGCUUCAUGUCCUAACUGUGGUGGUCCAACGGUUAUUGGAGAAAUGUCCUUUGACGAACACCAACUCCGUCUCGAAAAUGCUCGUUUAAGAGAAGAGAUCGAUAGAAUAUCAGCCAUCGCAGCCAAAUACGUAGGCAAGCCAGUCUCAAGCUAUCCUCUUAUGUCUCCACCUCCACUUCCUCCACGUCCCUUAGAACUCGCCAUGGGAAACUUUGGAGGAGAUGUUUAUGGAAACAACCCAACCGAUCUCUUCAAGUCCAUCACCGCACCAACAGAAUCUGAUAAACCGUUGAUCAUCGACUUAGCCGUUUCUGCUAUGGAAGAGCUCAUGAGAAUGACUCAAGUGGAGGAGCCUUUGUGGAAAAGUUUGGUUUUAGACGAAGAAGAAUAUGCACGGACGUUUCCUAGAGGGAUUGGACCUAAACCGGCUGGUUUUAGAACCGAAGCCUCACGAGAAAGCGCGGUUGUGAUCAUGAAUCAUGUCAACAUUGUUGAGAUUCUCAUGGAUGUGAAUCAAUGGUCGGUUGUUUUUGCGGGGAUGGUGUCUAGAGCGGUGACAUUAGCGGUUUUAUCGACUGGGGUUUCAGGAAACUAUAAUGGAGCUCUGCAAGUGAUGAGUGCAGAGUUUCAAGUUCCAACACCGUUAGUCCCCACCCGGGAAACUUACUUCGCACGUUACUGUAAACAACAAGCAGAUGGUUCUUGGGCGGUUGUCGAUAUUUCAUUGGAUAGUCUCCAGCCUAAUCCACCAGUUAGAUGCAGGCGGCGAGCUUCUGGAUGUUUGAUUCAAGAAAUGCCAAAUGGAUACUCUAAGGUGACAUGGGUGGAACAUGUGGAAGUUGAUGACAGAGGAGUUCAUGACUUGUAUAAACACAUGGUUAGUACUGGUCAUGCCUUUGGUGCUAAGCGUUGGGUAGCUAUUCUCGACCGCCAAUGUGAGCGGUUAGCUAGCGUCAUGGCUACACACAUUUCCUCAGGAGAAGUUGGCGUGAUAACUAACCAAGAAGGGAGGAGGAGCAUGCUGAAAUUGGCGGAGCGAAUGGUUAUAAGCUUUUGUGCAGGAGUGAGUGCUUCAACUGCUCACACAUGGACUACAUUGUCUGGUACAGGAGCUGAAGAUGUUAGAGUGAUGACUAGGAAGAGUGUGGAUGAUCCAGGAAGGCCUCCGGGUAUUGUUCUUAGUGCAGCCACUUCCUUUUGGAUCCCUGUUCCUCCAAAGAGAGUCUUUGACUUCCUCAGAGAUGAGAAUUCAAGAAAUGAGUGGGAUAUACUGUCUAAUGGAGGCGUUGUUCAAGAAAUGGCACAUAUUGCUAAUGGGAGGGAUACAGGAAACUGUGUUUCUCUCCUCCGGGUGAAUAGUGCAAACUCUAGCCAGAGCAACAUGCUGAUUCUACAAGAGAGUUGUACUGAUCCUACAGCUUCCUUUGUGAUCUAUGCUCCGGUUGAUAUUGUAGCCAUGAACAUUGUGCUAAACGGAGGCGAUCCGGACUAUGUGGCUCUGCUUCCAUCAGGUUUUGCUAUUCUUCCUGAUGGUAAUGCAACUGGUGGAGGAGAAGGAGGGUCGCUGCUGACCGUUGCUUUUCAGAUUCUGGUUGACUCGGUUCCCACGGCUAAGCUGUCUCUUGGAUCUGUUGCGACUGUUAACAAUUUGAUUGCUUGCACUGUUGAGAGGAUCAAAGCUGCUAUGUCUUGUGAGACUGCUUGAAUAAAAAAACACCCAUUAGGAAAUAAGAUAUCGGUUUGAAGAGAGCUUUUUUGGUGUUAAGCGGAGGAGUCAAGAGCGAACCUCACAAGAUAGACCAUUGAGUAAGGUUAUGUGUGUAGUGUUAAGUUUUUGCUCUGCUUAUUUGUUGAAACUAAGCAGUGGAAAAACUUUAUACUUACAAGUGAAAAUGCAAAUGGUUUUAAGAGGUUCGGGAAUUGACUUCCCCUGCAACAUACUGGAUUAGAAAAGUUAAAAGUUUAAAGGUCAGAGAUGCGCUCAUAAACUUGUUUUUGUGUCACAGUUGUGUUUCUUCUUUCUGUCUUGUAGUUAAGACUUUGAAGUUUGUAUUUGCUUUGUAAGCGUAUGGAAGUUGGUUUACCAAAAAGCUCCCAUUU